CCUCGAGCGAACUCCGCCCGUAUGCUCUCAGCCGCUCGCGCGGCGGCCGAUUUGCUGCUGCCAGAGCUGGGCCGCGGGCUGAGCACCGGCGUGGCGCUGUACGCGGCCAACCAGGGGCACGCGCAGUGCCCCGCGUGCUCGUGCGCGCCGCAGUUCCACUGCCCUGAGCUGCGGUGCGACUGCUCAGGCCUCCAGGGCUCGAGCAGCCACGGGCCCAGCCUGUGGGCCGUGGCGCUGGCCUGCGCCGCCAGCGGGCUGGUCGGGGCCUCCACCGCCGCGCUGGCCUUCUGGCGCGCGGGCGGCACUGCAGCAGUGAUGGCGGCGCCGGCGACGCCGGUGCACCCGUCAGUGGCCGCGGCAGGUGUUCAGCCCGGCGACUUCAUCGGGGUGCAGUACCACGUGGCGGGCGGGGCCCUGAUCCACGAACGCGUGGUGGUGCUCGUGCCGCCAGGGCUUCCUGGCGCGGCUUGCAUCAUCACGCCCGACGCGGACGAGUACGAGGAGCUGUACGUGGGCUCGCCGGAC